UCUGUCCAAUCACCAUGCAAGUUCUUCAAUCAUCAUCAUGCUAAGGAAGUGUGGGCUUGCGAGUCAUUGUUAAACUAGCUAUACCUGAUUCCAAAGCAAGUAAACUUGUUUAAAAAGAAAAGUGGAUGCAAGUCUCACAUUUUACAUGUAGAUAACCGACAUUUUGGCAACCUACGGUUCGAUAAUGGGAGCGAAUAACAGUACACGCCGCGUGUCAUUUGAGUCAGAUGAGAACGAGAAUAUAACAGUGGUGAAGGGCAUACGGCUUUCUGAAAAUGUCAUCAACCGCAUGAGGGAACCUGCAGCUCCUCUUAAAACCCAAAAUGCUCCCACUCCUCCACCUUCCACUGCGCCUACCCUAGCUCCUUCUCCUCUCCUACGGUCAGUGCCUCUGCUAUUCAACCCAGUCACCACCUUGCCUCCUCCUCUUGUAGAACCAGUUGCACCUCCAGCUCCAUCUGCCACGGAGACUGUGGCUGCACCUUCACCACCACCUCCUCAACCUCCUAAAGAACAGCCACCUCUGAAGCCAGUAUCCCCUGCUCCAGUCUCUGAGCCAGUGGCAGUGCCUGAAUCAAGUCCAGUCCCACCACGUCAUGCUGCACCAGCCGUUGAUGAGGAGGCCUUGAAGAAGACAACUGAUGAGCUGUAUAAAGGCUUGGAGCAGGAGAGGGCCAAGGCAGAUCAAGAGCUGCAAGCCUGGCUGGAGACAGAGAAGGCCCGGGCAUCAGGCCAGGCUCAUGCUAAGGCCCAGUCCCAGGUCCAGGAUGAAGUAUCCAGUAUCCUGUCAGUGGAGCGGGCCAUCAUAAGAGAGAAGAUUGCCAGCAAGGAUGAGAGGCGCCAUGCUCAACUCUAUACCAAGCAGCUGGAGGCCAGAGAAGCAGAUCUAAAUAAGCAGGAUGCUUUCUACAGAGAGCAGAUGGCUCGGCUGGAGGAGAGGAGUGCUCAGUUCUACAAGGUCACCACAGAGCAAUACCAUAAAGCUGCAGACGAAUUGAAUGCCAAAUUCAAGCGGUAUGAGGUGUAUCCUGUGUGUGCAGACCUGCAGGGCCAGAUCCUUGCGUGCUACAAAGAGAAUGCUGGAAAAACCCUUAACUGUUCCAACAUAGCAGCCCUUUACCUACAGUGUGUCAACAAUGCCAAACAGAACAAGUUGAGGACCAGCGGUUAAGGAAGAGAGAGGAGGAAGGAGGGAGCAGUGAAGAGUUUAUUGUGUGGGAUUACUGUUUAUUGACCGACUGACAGACCAAACCAGAAAGGAAGAAGAGAGGAAUGAGUCAGCAUCAAGACACAUACCCUCAAAAGCCUGUGGAGAACUGAACCGAACCAGACUGGAAGCACUGAGCACAGCAACCCGCGUGAGAAACAAGAAGCCUUUUCUGUUGAUUCUUAUCUCCUUCCCCUCUGCCCUUACCCUUUGUUGACCUCUCCCGUGAGAAUGGCAGAUCGCCAUUUUGGAGACGGUAAGCGAUGGCGCCCAGCAGGCCUGAGCCUGGCUCACUAAGAGGACAAUAAAGAUGAACCAGAACCAGUCGCUUCCACUUGGACCUAUAACCACCCACUCAAGCACCUUUUGGAAAAUAAAAUUCUAUUUUACUACUAAAAGUCAGUCCGGUUUCAUUGUCAUUAAUUCAUUUUUGUUCAGCUCCUAAUCCUGUACACAAGACGCACAUGUGCAUGUCUAUUUCUUCUUUGCAUCUGGUCAUGUGAGUUUGUGUUAAUAAUGUAACAGUCUGCAUGUUGAGUGUUCAUCCAGACCAACACUUGUGACAGUGUCUAAUCAGAGGAAAUAAAAGACGAAACGAUG